AUGCAUUGGCUCGCGUGGCGGAAGCUGUGUCGACAUAAAACUGACGGGGGACUGGGAUUUAGGGUAAUAGAAGAUUUUAACACAGCGCUACUCGCAAAACAGUUAUGGCGCCUAAUGGAUAACCCGGAAUCCCUGUUUGCUAAAGUUUUCAAGGGGAGAUAUUUUCGGAACUCAACCCCCUUGGACCCAAUUCGCUCUUACUCUCCAUCUUAUGGAUGGCAGAGUAUCGUUUCAGCUCGACCUCUGGUAUGCAAAGGACUUAUUAAAAGAGUUGGUUCAGGUUCAUCUAUAUCUGUAUGGUAUGACCCCUGGAUUUCCGAUUCUUGCCCGAGGCCAGCUAUCUGUAAAGGAAUUAAUUACUACCCACACCUCACGGUGAAUCAGUUAAUUAAUUCCCAGACCUCAACGUGGAAUCGACCACUAUUGCAACAAUUUUUUGAGAGUGAGGAAAUCACUCGCAUUACGGGUAUACCAGUGGCUACUGGAUAUAAACCCGAUACCUGGGGCUGGUUUUAUACAACAACGGGUCGGUAUACGGUUAAAUCGGGAUAUACUGUGCUACAGGAGCUCUCAGAUGAGGGGACACUACCAGUCUUUGGACCGGACACUCGGAGAUUGCAAGCACAAUCCUGGAAGGUUAAAUGCACCACAAAACUCCAACAUUUUCUCUGGCAAAUUAUUACCGGAUGUUUAUCGGUUGGCGCACGUUUAUGUAGUCGGGGAAUGCGUGUGGACCCACUGUGCGUGAGAUGUGGAAGUAAUGGAAUCUGCGAUAACGGAAUCCCGGGCAUGGGUAGCAGCACAAACGGUAGCAGACGGAGUAUCCAAUAUAUCUCCAUCAACUCCGGCCACGUCCCACCGGGAGAGUGGUGUCAGAUUGAUGGAGCAUGGAAAGUGACAGACAGUCGGGCUGGACUUGGAUGUAUGCUAGUCCAUAACAAACGACGGAUGAAUUUCCAAACAGAUAGCGCUCAGUUGGUGAAGAUGGUGUCCAAACCUGAGUGGCCAGCUUUUGCGAUCUUGCUUGAAGAAGUGGAGCAUUGUAGAGGGAUGUUCCAGGCGUUCUCCCUCACAUACAUUCCCAGAACGAAGAACACAAGGGCAGACAAGCUAGCACGGAGUGCUCGAGCUCAGCCCCAUGAUGUGUAUUACAUAAACUCAGUUCCCCCGAUUCCGCUUCCCGGACCGGUAUAG